GGAGUCGGAGGUGGGGAUGACGCAUGCGCGUUGAGCGCUGGGAGGGACAUGCCGAGUGCCGGCUCUGCCCUUUGGGAAGCCACAGCAGCCGGGUGCCUGGCGCGGUGAGAGGGCGGCGCAGCGGUGAUCCGGGCAAGGGCGCCAUGUCUACGGCAAGCAUCGCAUCCCAAGAUAUGAGGAUCCCCCUGGAGGGGGCCUUCCUCCCCCACCGGCAGGGCCUCGAGGGGCUGCCGAGCUGCUGGAACAGCCACAGCGACCACCGCCUGGAAAAGACUUUCUUCGAGGUGGAUCCUGUCACGGUGGCUUACGGGCUCAACGCAUCAGCCGAGCAGCCCUCAGGACCCACGGCUCACGUUUUGUGUCCCGGCUCUGAAAAAGGUCCCGGCCGCCCUGAGCACAGCCAGCCCGUCCUGCCUCUGAAGCCCGGCGGCCCAAGGAAGGAGCCAGGAUCCGACCCAGAGGAGGGGGCCCUCCUGCCGGGCUUUGGCAGACUUUCUCUGGGCCCGAGCGGCGUUUCCGACAGGACCCCUCCCCACACGCCGGUCAAGAAGGGCGGGCCCGCGGGCUUCCUUUUCCCUCCCGGGCCGUCGGGGGACCGGAGCGUCCGGCCUCUGCCCCCUCUCCCUGUCGCCCCGAAGGACUUUCUCCGGGAUGAAAUGGACCGGGAGGUGGAGUUCUUGACCAGUUCGGACACCGACCCUCUGCUUGCGGACAGCAGCCUGGCUUUCCAGCCCUCCGCUCAGGGCAGGCGAAGCUUCCGGGGCUGCGGGCAGAUCAACUAUGCGUAUGCAGACACCCCUGGCGCGCCAACCCUGGAGGAGCCCCCCUCCGGCUGCCCCCAGCCAAGCUCUUGCCCACCCCCUCCGCCACCCCCUCCACCCCCUCAGCUCCACCGGAGACUGAGGCGCUCCCAUUCGGGGCCCGCCGGCUCCUUCCAUAAGCCCGUGGUCCGGGUGAGCAACCACCUCCGGCAGGCCUCGCCCUGUUCGGAUGAUGACAAACCCGAAGUCCCGCCUCGGGUCCCGAUUCCUCCCCGGGCGCUCAAGCCAGACUAUCGGAGAUGGUCUGCCGAGGUUGCCUCCAGUGCUUACAGCGACGAAGAUAAGCCCCCCAAAGUACCCCCGAGGGAGCCCCUCUCCCGGAACAGCUCUCGCACCCCGAGCCCCAAAAGCUUGCCCUCGUACCUCAAAGGCAUCAUGCCGCCGACGCAGAGCUUUGCCCCGGAUCCCAAGUACGUCAGCAACAAAGCCCUCCAGAGGCAGCACAGCGAGGGGUCUGCCCACCGCAUCCCCUGCAUCCUCCCCAUCAUCGAGAACGGCCGCAAGGUCAGCUCCACGCAUUACUACCUGUUGCCCGAAAGACCCCCCUACCUGGACAGGUACGAGAAGUUCUUCCAAGAAGCGGAAGAGGCUGCGGCUGUGCCGGAGGGGCCGCUCCUGUGGGAUGAGAGAGACGACAACGUGGAGGAGGUGGUGGCGGCGGCGGCCGCCGUCACGGACGCUCUGGCCGCUCCCGUGAAGCGCAAACACUUCUCUUGCGUGGUUUCUCCGUAGGGGCAGAAGGGCACCGAUGGCAGAGAAGCCGGUAGGCGGAGGGUGUUUUUGGAAGGAGAGUUAGGAGCCCCUUCUCCCGCUAGGCAAGGGAGAACGGCGGCCUCCGGGCAUCUUUCUCGGUGGGUUGGAAGAAACCUCGGAGAAAGACCGGAGCAGGGCUGGCUGCUGUUGGCCAGUCAGUCCCUGCGCUAGAGUAAUAUAUGGAUAGUUAACUAUAUUGUAGACAUUCACCUAAGUAGCAGAAGGGAUGGCGGUUUCGCUAACGGAGCAGACAGCCUGAGCUCGAAGGCCGAGGAGAACGUGCUGCUCAGUAUUCUGGAUGAUGGUUAUCUGAGGACUUUUCUGCCCACUGAAGCGCAGGCGGCUUCUCCCCGUCCGGCAAGCCUGCCCUUCUGCCCGUGUCGUGAAUGGCCAGCAAGGCGCCCCCUUCGGUUGGGUUUGAAUGGGUGGCUUUAUGUGUGGAGUGGAGAGUCCACCUCUUCUGCAAGGACUCCUCCCCUCCCGAUAGGCGGAUGAGGCAGAAAGGUGGGACGUGACGUCGGCCGGCCGGCCUCGGAGUUGGAGUCGCGAAUGCCCGUCGGUGCCCGCUUGCCAUCCGGGUGGGAUCUGUAAAAAGCUACCCCCGUUUUUGUUUUUUCCAAGUGGGAUGGGACGGAAGAGACUCUUACGUGGGUGACGUGUAGCCCCCGCUGCUGGAAGCACAACACGAUCUUUUGAAAAAGGAGGCCGAGUCCUGGUCUGCCAGGAGGGCGUGCGUGCGUUUGUACAUAGCAACUUGGCCCAAGCGGGUCUUGGGCCGCAUCCUGUCUAGUGUUCUUCAGGGAGGAAGAGGAGGUGGUGGCUGCGGUUCGGGGGCAAAGUCCCCAUUUCCACUUGGAGGUGGUGUUCCAGAUGUCAGCUGCAAGGAUGCCUGUGAAUUCGGUU